AUGAAUGUGACUAUGUCCACACCAAACAACGCUUGUAUUCGAACUGAUGAUGAAAAUAAUGAUCAUUCGUACGAUCUUCAAUUACAUAUUUUAUCGGUAUUUGUUAUACUGAUUUUAUCCGUCGGUGGUGCCUCGAUAUCUGUUGUUUCAUCACAAGUUAAACGGUUGCGCGACAAUUCAGUUAUUCUCAAUCUAGGAAAAUUUUUUGGUACUGGAGUGGUAUUAGCAACUGGUUUUAUUCAUAUGUUACCAGCAGCAAUGAAAGCAUUAACUGAUCCUUGUUUACCCGAUAAUUAUACUGUAUAUGAUGCUUCUGCUGGUCUUUUAGCUAUGGUAGCCGCGUUGAUCAUGCAAUUGACUGAGUACAUAGUUUAUCAACGAUAUCGAUCGAUUGAAUCGCACAAGACUUCGACAGCAAUAGAUGGAGAUACGUCAAAUGGUAACCAUCUGUUAGGUCAUUCUCAUGCCAUAGGUUUUCAGAAUGAUAGUGAAGCCAAGAAAAUUAGUACAUAUUUACUUGAAUUCGGCAUUGCUCUACAUUCAGUUUUGAUUGGCUUGACACUGGGAACAGCAACUGAUGAAUUUCUCGUUCUGUUUAUCGCCCUGGCUUUUCAUCAGUUUUUCGAAGGCAUGGCACUUGGCGCGCAAAUUGCUCGCCUAGAUCACAUUUCUUUACGAUCAUGUUUAUUAAUGAUCAUGUUCUUCGCUCUUACAACACCUAUCGGCAUUAUCAUUGGCAUUUGUAUUCAAUCAAAUUCCUACAAUCCCAAAUCAACGACAUCCUUACUAAUGAAUGGGAUCUUAGAUUCUAUAUCCGCCGGUAUUCUUAUCUACGUUGCACUUGUUCACCUAAUCGCUGGUGAAAUGGAUUGUCAUGCUCACACAUUUCAUGCUCUGAAAAGCCGGUUCAAAGUUUUGUACUUCCUAGCGUUAUAUGCGGGAGCGGGUACCAUGGCUGUCAUUGGAUUAUGGACAUGA